AUGACUAUCAGGGCCUUUCCAAGUCGACAGGCGAUGGUCUGUCGACUCGGCGAACUCAUCUUGCAAGAAAAGACAAACCCGUCGCCAGGAUCUCACUAUGAGCUGCUGCGAGCGAUUGAUGAGUUGCGAUUGGCCGUAGAAACCCCCACGGAGACCGUCUUGCGACUCAUUUACCAGCCCCCACAGAAUGCCGCGCUUCGAGCGGUGAUGGACUUGGGCAUAUUCCCCAUACUAAUGGAGACACAAAAUCGCGAAAGUGGGGUGUCUGCAUCAUACCUCGCCAAGUGUAGUGGGGCAGAUCGAGAGCUGAUUGUCCGCUUGAUGCGUGUGAUCGUUUCCCUCGGCCUGUGCAGCCCAUCAGGUGUGGAGGGAUACCGGGCAAAUGAGAAGACUGUCGCACUGACGCAGCCAAUUGGCAGAGACGGAGUGCCAUGCAUUUAUGAUCUCACAGUGCCGACCCUGAGCAAGCUGCCUGAGUAUUUGCGGCAACAUGAUUAUGCCAACCCCGAGGAGUACGCCAGCUCACCCAUGCAGUGGGCAGUCGGGCAGAGUCAAUUUGAGUGGCUUGCAAACCACCCAGAUCAACAGGCCCUUUUCAAUUCGUACAUGGCAAGCCGACGGGAAGGCCGUCCGAUGUGGUACGACAUUUACCCCGUCGAGAGGCUCCUAGGACAGGGAAUGCCGUACGAGGAUUCCAUCUUUCUUGUGGAUAUCGGAGGUAAUCAGGGACAUGACCUGCGCCGCUUCAGGCAGAGAUACUGCCAUCUCCCCGGCAAGGUUAUCCUGCAGGAUCAGCCCAAGGUCGUGGCCGGAGUGACCGGAGGCGAGGCGUCCGGGAUCGAAGUGAUGGGAUACAACUUUUUGGAUCCACAACCCAUCAGAGGCGCUCGAGCGUACUACUUUCGCUCAAUUUUCCACGACUGGCCGGAUCACAUCUGUCAAAAGAUUCUCCGAAACACCGUCGCCGCUAUGGCGCCGGAUUACUCCCGCAUUCUGAUCGUUGAUAUGGUGUUGCCCGACAUUGAGACCCCCUUACUCCAGGCAUCCUUGGAUAUCCAAAUGAUGAGCAUUGGUGCGGGCGUGGAACGAUCCGAGCGACAGUGGCGAGAGCUUCUGGAAAGCGUUGGUUUGCAAAUCACAGGAAUUUGGUGCCAGAGUCCUGGCAUGGAAUCAGUGAUUGAGGCUGUCCCAGUUCACGGGCAUUGUAUGACACCGUGA